UAAAUUUUUCCUUGAACACAUCUAUUGUUAUUUGAUUGAUAAAUUAAACUCACAAAAUUUUUUAUAAAAAAAUAUGAUAAUUCCUAUGAAAAGCAACGAUAGCCAAUGUGCUAUCAUUCGACGAUAUGAAUCGACGCAAUUGGCUAUGAUUCUAGUUUUUUGUAUUUUACUAUCGAUUUCAACAACGGAUGCUGAAACUGUACAAAAGAAAAAAAUUGAACGCGCCGAAUCAUUGAUACCAAAUCCAAAUAGAAUUACAAACAAUGACAAUAAUUUGAAACAGAAUCUAUCUAUAUCGCCGACUCCGUUGAAAUCAAUUCAUGAUAAUAUUGUUAUUUCGGUUGCUGCUGAUGAUGAUGAUGAUGAUGACAAUAAUGUUGGUAAACAUGAUCAUCAUCUUGAUAAUCAUUCACGAUCGUUACUUUCGUCUGAAACAAUUGUUGAAAAUAUUCUUUCUGAUGGUAGUGAAUUGAUCGAUACAUCAACCAAUACAACAGCCGAAGCAAUUGUAAAAGCAACACCAAUAUUAAAAUUAAUACACGAUUAUCUAUUGGUUAUAUUGCUUAUUUCAGUAAUGUUUUCAAUGGGUUGUGGUGUUACCAUUAUUGAGGUAUGGAAUCAUUUACGAAGACCAACAGCCGUUUUAGUUUGUAUUGCUGCACAAUUUUUUCUUGUACCAUUUAUUGGUUAUUUAAUAAUGACAUUAUUGGAAUUGGAAGUAUUACAUUCUACUGGCCUAUUGAUAUUAGCCUGUUGUCCAGGUGGUGUUACAUCAAACAUUUUCACCUUUAUAGCUGAUGGUGAUCUUCCAUUAAGUAUUACAAUGACAUCAGUUGCAACGAUUGCAGCAUUAUUAUUAAUGCCAUUAAAUGUAUGGCUUUAUGGACGUAAUCUUGAAACAAAUAAUUUAGUUAUACCAUAUAUGGAAAUGUCCAUUACAUUAAUAUUGGUCACAAUACCGGUCAUAUUGGGAAUGAUACUUAAUUGGCGUCUACCUAAAUAUACACCUUAUAUAACUAAAAUUGGUGUAUUUGCCGGUUUCGGUAUUAUUUGUUUCUGUCAAUCAUUAGAAGUGAUUAUAUUUCCGGACAUAUUUUUUGGUGUACCAUAUCGUCUUUAUACGGCUGUCAUAUUGUUACCUGCAUUUAGUUUUAUGGCCGGAUAUGUAUUUGCUAGAGUAUUUCGUUUGAAUAAUAAAAUUUGUCGUACAAUUGGUAUAGAAAUUGGUAUCAAAAAUGUUGGCUCAGCAUUGACAAUCAUUUCAUUAUCAUUUACAUUACAGCAAUUGAAAAAAGCCUGGGUAUUUCCAUUUCUAUAUGCAUUUUCAUCAUUUAUGGUCAUAUUUGCCGUUACAAUUGGAUAUAAAAUGGCUAAACGUUUGGCUACAAAUCAAUUACAUAAAGGAUUCCAUACGGUGGAUACAAUUGAAAAAUGUUCAAUCAAAGAUGAAAAUGCUAAUCGUAUUAUAAAUGUGGAUGAAAUGAACAUUGCUAAAGAACGAUUAUUAUUGAAUGAACAAAAUGUAAGACAAUUUCAAUUGAUGAGCAACAAUUGAAAAUUGAUUU